AUGUCCGAGUGUCAGCCCAAAGCUUCUAUGCCGUAUGCACGUGUCUGGGGAGAUAAGAAGACCCGCUGUAGAAACUCUUCGUCGGAAGCUUGUGUCAGGCAGGUAACGGUAGAAAAGCCUAACCUGAGGGGCCCCAUCAAAAAGGGUACUGGUUUGAACAAAUCCGGCAAGCCUCCAUUGCCGCUUGUCCGUGCAUACACCCGUCUUACCGAGAUAUCAAAGCCAAGGACCGAAUAA